UCACAGCAGUCUGGACAGAAGGAUCAGAGUAACUUGGUCAAAACUGUGUGACAGUAUGACCAGAAUCAAAGGACAAAUAGAGGAACGUGGGCACUGGGGCAGCAAAGCAGAGUUUCUUCUGGCUGUGGCAGGGAUUGUAAUUGGUCUGGGUAACGUCUGGAGGUUUCCAUACCUCUGCUACAGGAAUGGAGGAGGGGCAUUCCUAAUACCCUACCUGGUGUUUGUGAUUACCUGUGGGGUGCCUCUGUUCCUGCUAGAGACAGCUAUGGGACAGUACACACAGGAAGGUGGCAUUACAUGUUGGCAUCGCCUCUGUCCACUGGCUGAAGGUAUUGGCUAUGCAGGACAGCUGAUAAUUCUGUACAGCUGCAUGUAUUACAUCAUCAUUCUGGCCUGGGCAUUUUUCUACCUCAUCUUUUCUUUCAGCUCCCAACUGCCAUGGGACAGCUGUGAUAACACCUGGAACACAGAUGAUUGUGUAAAUCUCGCUGCAAGGAACCUGACCCUCAACUGGACAAUGCUGAGUAAUUCAACCUCUGCAGUUACUGAGUUCUGGAAACACAGAGUGCUGGCUCUCUCUGGGGGUAUUGAGGAGAUUGGUAAGAUCAACUGGGAGAUUCUUCUGUGUCUCGUUGGAAUGUGGAUCAUAUGUUAUUUCUGUGUCUGGAAAGGAGUCAAAUCUACAGGCAAGGUGGUGUAUUUCACAGCCACAUUUCCUUAUGUGAUGCUACUGGUGUUGCUGAUUCGUGGGUUGACUCUUCCUGGAGCUCUGCAGGGGGUUGUGUUUUACCUGUACCCUGAACCGGCCCGCCUCGCUGACCCACAGGUUUGGAUGGAAGCAGGAGCUCAGAUCUUUUUCUCAUAUGCUUUGGGUACUGCCUCUCUUACUGUAUUAGGCAGCUACAAUAAAUAUAACAAUAACUGCUACAGGGACAGCUUAUGGCUUUGCCUUCUGAACAGUGGCACCAGUGUUGUGGCUGGCUUUGCUGUCUUCUCAGUUCUGGGCUUCAUGGCUCAAAAGCAGGGUGUAUCCAUUGAGGAAGUGGCAGAAUCAGGUCCAGGGUUGGCUUUCAUAGCUUAUCCACAGGCAGUAGCUAUGAUGCCUUUCCCUCAGUUGUGGUCUGUUUGUUUCUUCAUCAUGAUUAUUUUGCUGGGACUAGAUACACAGUUUGUUGCGAUGGAAGUUUUUAUGACCUCAGCGAUGGACCUGUACCCCAUGGUACUGCGCAAAGCUGGACGUCGAGAAAUAUUUCUUCUGCUUUUCUGUGUUUUUUGCUUCUUCUGCCAACUUGUCAUGGUUACAGAGGGGGGGAUGUAUGUAUUCCAGCUGUUCGACUACUAUGCCUGCAGUGGAGCCUGUCUUCUUUUCCUCUGUGUUUUUGAAUCUUUGGCCAUUGGUUGGGUUUUUGGGGCUGAGAGAAUGUUUGACGUCAUUGAAGACAUGACAAAUUCACGACCGAAUUACAUAUUCAUGCUGUGCUGGAAAUACCUGACUCCUUUCGUGUCCCUUGUGUCUUUUGUCUGUUCAAUGGUUAAGUACAAACCUCUCACUUUUAACCGUUGGUAUGUAUACCCAGACUGGGCGUACGCACUAGGUUGGUUACUGGCCCUGUCCUCCAUUCUGCUGGUGCCUGGAUGGGCGCUGAUCCGACUGUUUACUGAGAAAGGAAGCCUAAAACAGCGUUGGCGUCACCUGUGUAGUCCUGACACAAACCUCCCUUUUAUCAGUAAGCAAAAAGCUGAAACGGAAGAAAACACCUUCAUCACAGAGAUGCAAGACUUAGUCAAGAGUGACACAAACUAAAAGAUGCUCAACUCUUGCUAUAAUUUAGUGUUUUUUUGGUUUUUUUUUUUUUUUUUUUGUAAUCUUUGUAAUUUAAUCAGCUAUUCAUGUCCUUGAUAACAGCACACAAGGGUGCCUGAAUUGCAAAAUGUGUCAUUGAACCGUUUUAUUUUUCAAAAUAAUAUCCCUCCAAAAUAUAUUUCUUUGAUAGCAUAACUUUUUAUAUUAAAACAUAUAAGUAUUUGUCAAGUCACCGUUAUCUAUAUAGCACUUUUUGUGCAAUAUAAUUUUUAUUUUUCUUUCUUCUUUUCUUUCUUCUUUCUUUCUUUUGGGUUAAGCUUUCCGCAACUGGGUUUAGGUUGCCAGGGUGAGAUGACAAACAGUUGAAAUUGUAUAUGGUGUGUGGAUAUAAUGCAUUUAAUCCAAAGAUCUGGCAACUGGUCAACAUUAGACAAACAUAUUGGUCCGAUUAUUCAUAAAGGAGUUUGGGCCAUGCAAAUUACAGGAGUUUCCCGGGAGACCGGGAGGGGUUCGGGACAUAGAGCUAAAAAACAGGAGAAUCCCCGGAAAAAUGGGAGUGUUGACAGGUAUUCACAAUAUUUAUCCAGUUCUAUCUGGUUGGAGGUCGGAGCCAUCAUGCCGGUAUGGAGAUGAGUUUGUUGAGGUGUCCAUUUUUUUAA